GGGCCUGUUGCAGAAAGCAAAAGUUGCAAUCGAACGCAACUCAGAUCAACCGCAACUUUGCGGGUGAUAUCUUACGCAACUUGCAAUCUAUCGCAAAUCUCCGUUGCAGAAAACAAGUUGCGAUCGAUUGCAACUUGCGUUUGAUUCGGGUGUGAGAAAAAAUAAAAAAUCUUCGUGAACGAGCCUGAUAUGAUCGCGCGCUGUUUUAACCCGCGAAAAUGUUACAGAAAUUCACUGCCUGCACCGGAACUUUCUGCAAAGAUUUCACAAGUUUCAAGCCAAUACAACAAUGGAAGGUGACAAGAAAAAAAGACGAAGAAAUUGGCAUGAUGGGGAGGUACACUGCCUGUGCCAAUUUGUGCAAAAGCACAAAUAUGUGCUUUUUGGCAAGGCUGGCCAUGCCAGCGUUCCGGUGGAAAAAAGAAAAAAAAAGUACUGGAGAAAGGCAACAGCGAUACUCCGGGCUAACGGCUACCAGCGGGAGGAGGAAGAGAUCAUCCGGAAGUGGGCCGACCUGAAGCAGAGAGCUUUGAAGUACAAGGCUCAGCGAAACAUGACAGGUGGGGGCAGCCUUGAAAUCCGGCCCACGUUAGAGGCUGUUCUGGAGAUUCUCGCAAGAGAAACGGUGGAGGGGGUAGUCGGGUCCUCCGACGAAGCAGGCUUCAGCUCGUCCCAAGACACAAUAGAUGGAGACAAUGAGGCUUGCCUGCUGUUUAGCAGCAUGGCAGCAGGAGCAUGUUCACGCACCCCUGUUCCUGUCAACACUACCUCCGCUGCAGUCAACACCACCACCGUUUCCGUCAACACCACCACCGCUGCCGUCAACACCACCACUGCUACCACAACCACUACCACAACUGCAAUAGCUGCUGCAACCACCUCCGCCUCCACCACCAAGACCCCUCCAAGAAAAUUGUCCCCAACUGACCAGCUUGUAGAGCUGGAGAGGGAGAGGAUUCGACUGCUUGAGAAACAAGUUUCGCUCUCUGCAGAGCGAAACUUGUUUCUCAGUAGAAUUGCAAAUGCCUUAGAGGUCAUGGAAAAAAAUGGCAUUCAGUCAUUGGGAAUGAUUGAACUUUAAGGCAUUUGUAAUGUGUAUUUCAUGUGAUGUCCACCUUGAUAACAACAAGCUGAAACUUCAGGAUAGCUAUAUAACUUAACAACUGCUGCAUUUGCUAGAAAAGUUUGCAUUGACAGUAAAAUCAAACUUACCAAAGAAAGAGAUCCAUUAUACAGGAGACUUAUUCUACAGAGCAUACAUUCCUUUGAAAAAAGGAACAAGAGUUUUUGGCCAUGGAAAAAAUGACAACUUGAAUAACUAAAAUAUAAUUACAUUGAUGUACAUGUAAAUUCAACGUAGAUUAAAAGUCUAAUAACCUUCAAGGUAGUGUUUUUUUAUGGUAUAAAAAUCCAGCACAUCAAGGGUAUAUUGAUGCUCACCCUGUUACAACAUUUCAAUGUUGUGCUGAUUAUCAACACUUGCUGAGGUUGAGAUUUAAUAUCGAUGUCUGACAUCAGAGGGAGUUUUAACUCAAUCACUUUGACAGAUGCGUUAGAUUAUGUAAAGAAUAAAAAAACCAAAUAAUUCCCCUACUCGAGACACUUGCUUUUUAAACAAUGGUAGAUUCCCUUGCAUUGUUGUAUACGAGAAUAAUAACAUUACAACUCAGUAUGUUUUACAUAUGUCUUGCCAUAGUAGGAACAUUAUUUUAAAUUGUGUUCUUAAAAUCUUCACCACAAAAACAGAGUGUGUGCCAUUUAAUGCAUAUUUAAAAUGCAUUUUAAAAGUACAAGUUAACAGAAGGAGAAGAGAGUGAAGCUCAUUAUUUAAUAUGAAUGUGAAUUCUUUACUUGGCUUUUACAACAUGAAGUGUUUACUGUGCUAUAGCAAAUCACAGUUUCAUGUAGUGGACAGUAAAUAUUUAUUCAUAAUGGAAGAGCAUCAGUGUAUAUAAUUUGAAAACGUUAUGACCAUGUUGUUUAGUAUUUUUAAAAGGGACUCCAACCAAAAGAAAUUUGACCAACAAGUGUGUAGAAGGUUAUCGUAAUUGCCAGCUCCAAACAUUACAUUUUAAUCAACUUGUUAUCCUUAUGAAAAAGGGGGGCGGUGUAAAUUAUUAGUGCUUACAGCAUUACAUAAAUCCCAGCAUUGAUAUAAUGAAAAAGCCAAUGAAAAAUUAUGUACUACACAACAAAAGACUGUACGAUCUGGGCCCGGACAGCGAUGGCUGCUGCAUCUCCCCUUUCCCUGUUGAUUUCUCCUUCCAUGUUGUCAUCGAUCAUGUGGUCAUCUUCAUUAUCGUCUCCUGCUGGCUGUCUGAAUCUUUUACUAAUGUUAAAUAAUAUGCAACAUGCUGUGAUGAUACUGCAGGCCCUAUUUGGUCGAAUUUGUAGGCCAUGACCGAGCAGACAUCUGAAUUUAUUUUUCAACUGUCCAUUUAAUUGUUCGAUAAUUGAUCUCGUCUUGCACUGUGCACUGUGGAAUAAAGUAUAUAAUGUAUCAAAAUAAUUUCAUUUCAAGCAAAAUGAUAUUUAAAGACAAAUUGAAGUGUAUCUUUUAAAGGCAAUCUGUAUGGACAAAAAUAUUCAAGAUAGCUUUGUGAUGAGAAAAAAAGAAAUUAGGAAAACAUUUGGUUUGAAAAGAAGCUACAAAAGGUAUCAAUAUUUUGGCAUUUUAAGACUACGAAGGCUGAGGAUAAGCGGAUAUAUCUGUUAGUGGAUACAUGAAGUAUAGAAAACAUUACAGAGUACAUGUCUAGUUGUAAAUUUUCCAGGAUUUCUUGUAAUCACAUAUGAGUCUGCCAAAAUCAAAUAUAAGAAUUACUUUUCACUACCUGGCAGUUAUGACUUGAAAAGGUAGACUUAUGCAGACACUAUUGAUAUACGAUUAGUUGCAUGGUGGAUCAUAAGUUGAGUGUCGACUGUUAUGUGUAGCAUUUAUUACAUGGUACAGAAAUCGCUCAUUCAAGCGAUUUCAAAAAUUUUCUUUUUUUACAAGGAAAAGUUGAAUUGCUCACUUGUUGUAGGCUUGUUCCUCUGGUGUCUGUGGAUUAAGGAUGGGGGUCAUUAACCAUGUCAUCAAGGGAUAACCAGAGUCACCGAGGAUGAUCCCUUUCAGUUCUCCAUUAUUGUACUUGCGGUACAGUCUGCUAUUCUGUUAACAAAUUAAUAGAUAAAUAAAUCAAAGUUACUAUAUAAGAUAUCUCAGGUUUAUGGUGAUGCUUUUCUAACAAUUAAGUUCGCUUAAUCUUGUGAAGAUUUGGAUUUUCCUUUCCAUAAUGAUUUUUUUGAGCAAGGAUUUGUAAUGUAUUGCGUUGGAUCUAUGAUCAUAUGCAAAGUGGCAAUUUAAGUCCACAGCAAUUUAUAUAGUAUUUGACAUAAAGUACAAUAAUACACUUCAAGAAUACAAUUGUGCAAAUCUAAGAUGCAAAUGAUGCUGAUUAUUUUACCCCCAAAGAAUAAUUAUUACUGUGGUGAUAACUGAUAAAGGUCUGCAAGCAUAGACUAUACUAUGUUAUUUCACAUGACCACUUCUACCAAGGAGCUGGCUCCUACAAAGAUGGUCACAGUGAUGUUGUUGCAGCUAACCUAAUAUAUGUCUCUUGUACGUUACAAAGAUCUGACUACUAGUAUGUUGUUUGCCUCCAACAUAAGUCUGUAAUAAUUACCUGAAGAACUCUGGAGUCGUGGGUACUCCCCGGCCAUCUUGCAACGACAUUGAUUAUCUGGAAUUUUGUAUUGCAAGCUAAUUGGACAUUGAUGGAAGACCUGCCCUUCCUAUUGGUGUAAACGUAUUCGUCGGGGCCUAAUGGGCAGCCAUGAAGGCACACAUGGGUACCAUCAACAGCCCCUACCACUCUCGGAAAUCUUGCAAUUCUAUAAAAAUCCUGAAUGUUGGCAGCUAUUUCUUCAUCGGUCCUUGGGAACUUGAUGAACUGUCAACACAUACAGGAUAAAGAAAACAAAAAGAAUAUUUAACAUUAUUUUGUGGAAUUAAAGAUAAAUCUCUUUUAUUGCACUGUUAUGCUGAGAAAAAAUUAUUACACUUGUAUAUACUUUUGUUAUUGGAAUGUAGAAAUAAAUAAAUCAAAUUAAA